AUGGCAAGCGUCGACUAUGUCUUCAAGGCUGUACAGUAUGGGCUGCAGACGGUAAAGCUCUCAGCCACUGUACAUUUGCCUAAAACCACAACAUCGGUCAAGGGAAUCGCGUUAUAUUUCCACGGUGGCGGCUACAUCGUUGGUAGCCGGGCAAUGCUUCCGGCUGCCCAUAUCGAGGUGUUGACCGAAGCUGGUUUCGUCGCUGUAUCUUCAGACUAUCGCCUCGGUCCGACUAUCUCUGUACUGGAAGGUCCAGUCGGGGAUUCGAUAGCCGCGUAUGAAUGGGCCCAGAACGAGCUUCCUGGACUUCUCGAGAGUGAGCAUGGCAUCCGGGUGAACGGCAAGAACAUCGUCACACUCGGCCACUCAUGCGGUGGAGGGCUUGCGUUGCUCAUGGCAUCUCGCCCUAACCCGCCCAAGGCUAUCCUUGAUUUAUUCGGAUUCAAAUACCUGCGCGAUCCUUUCUAUCACACUGGGAGCAGCACUUUGCCUCCGCCAGGUGCACCCGCUCCACCGCCCGCUGAGUUCGUCGAGCAAGUCUUCAAUGAGAUUCCUCCCCCAACCGCUGCACCUGUUCCUUUCGGUCCCAACGGGCCGGACUUGAGCACACCGCGCAAGGCUUAUCUCGUUACAUCUGUCCGGAAGGGUACUCAGUUUGAUCCAAUAAUCGCCGAAGAUGAAUAUGAUCAUGUGGAUCCGGAGAAAUUGCUGAAGGAACCCGGUUUCCCGCCGACAGUCUUCGUUCAUGGGACGGCGGAUGUCGUUGUUGACAUAAAGUUUUCCCAAUGGGCACAUGCGGAACUGCAAAAGAAUGGGGUACCGGCUGAGUUGUACGUUGUCGAAGGCGUGCCUCACGGCUUUGAUGCCAGGCUAAAGCGUGAUGACGCGGCUUUUGAGUCUAUUCAGAAAGCCGUAGACUUCCUUGCGCAGCAUGUGGCGGGCAAAUAA